AUGAGAGGCUCGUCUCCUUCACAAUAUAGGAAAACUGGGUUGAGUGCACAGCUUGCUGCACCCCCACAGCCACUCCAAAGACCUGAAGACUGGGCUUUACCAGACAGCCAGUCUGCCGCUCGCGUCAACGCGACUAGAAUUCCAGAGCAUUAUUGGCGGGUUCCUAAGGAUACUCUGACAUACGUUAAUGGUGUACCUAUGCGACAAACAGAUGCCGACACAAUUUUUCCAUCGAGUGAGCCGCGGACAGAGGCAGAGCGUUUAUGGUUGUACAACUUUUCUUCCGACGUCCUGAGUCAUGUGACAGGCCGUGCGUCAUACUUAAAUCUCAACAAAGAGGGAGACAUUCGAUUUGUACUGCACGGGAUUAAUCUUCUCCAAAUCUUCUGCUUUGAAAUAUCGCGACAUGUGGCCUGCAUAACGCUUGACAAGCAGACGUAUCCUUAUGAGAAACUGGCUGAACUACUUGUUUCUAUCUCCCACUCACUCCAAGGCCUAAAUGAGAAUCUGACCCAUUACGCAGCAAAUGAGGCAUCACAUGCGCCAUUACUAUCGGAUCUUUCUAACUUUUAUCGAUACACUAGUCCGGGAACAGAUAUCACUAACUUAUAUGCAGACGUCCGAUCAACCACAGCCAUAGACACAGAGACAUCAUUGGCCCUUAUAACAGAGUUAGAGCGGCGUCUCAGCGAGGAAAAGGAGAGCGCGAAGAAGCGCGAGACUGAAUUAGAACAACGAAUCAAGUCCCUAGAAUCAGAGCUUGCUGCCCAGAAGAAGAACUCCUCCCGGUUAGAGCUAGAGCUCAGUGCCACCAAGACUAUCAGAACAAACAUCACAUCAACACACUCAUUAGGGAAGGGCCUCAGUGCUAGCGCGAGCAAUUUGGCCCAAGGCUCCUCUGCCCCAGGAAUAUCUGCAGAAGAUUCUUUAACAGACCUGAAGCCCCAUGCGGCAAGAAAGCCACAUAGCCUGAACACUGAUAUGAUAACAACGAACAUCUACUCCUCAUUUGCCCCAGCUCCAGCUCCAAUGACUCAAGCAUCUUCCUCAAUCAGACUUUUGCCCCAAAACGUCACAGAUAUAUAUGGGAACAUUAGCACAAUGUCUAUGCAGCGUAGCCAGCCUCGUGGAGAAGGAGCAGUCCUCCAGCGCAUCAGCGAGAUGCCGGUUUCACACAAUCUCACCGGGCAGCAGACUCUUGGAGACGGUGCUGAUUACACGGUGCUACGUAGCUGCACAGGUGGGUCUCAAAGGAUGCUUGAUCGCUUUGGAAAGCGAGAAGCUGACCUGGAUCACGUAGAGACUGUCCCAAGCACGCUUGAGGUGUCCAACUGUCGUGACUCCAGCAGGAUUGAGCUCCAUAGCGGAAGGACAGACCCGUCACAGAGGUCGUCAGCCAUCUUUCAAACUAUAGGCAACCUAAUGUCUGCACAGCUAACGGCGUCACAUCGCAUUCCCAGUCGUCCCCAAACGGCCCCAGACCCAGAGUAUCCUAGUCUUUCUUACAGGAGCACACAAGAAAUCGGGCCGUCCGUCAAUUCAUCAAUAGAUAUAACAAGGUUACAACGGAAAAACUGGGCUGAUGUAACAAUGAAAGACACCAGAGGGAGGGCAUCUGAAAAGCUCAUCAACAGCUCCGGACACCAAGACGUACCUGAUCCCACCGCUACUCUUGUUCUUCCAAAGGGCUUAGCAAGCGCUGCAUCCAAGUUUUUAGGGGCUAUCAUGAGCCUUGAUGAAGAUGACGCCUGGAGGCUGGAGGCCAACCUAACCCGUCAACUGACAAGGAAUACAUUAGACACGCCCUUAGCAGGAACUUACAAUAAGGACCUUGGCCAUGUACUGCUACGACAAUCGAAUGAUACCCAAGCCUUUUCAUUACUUAAUCCUAUAUGCAUGUCACACGAAAAAGCUAUCGGAGAAAUAGAUUUAUCUGCAGAUAAUUUCAGAAUUACGUUUCGAGCUAUUCCAGAAGUAGCCUCGGGGCAGAAAUCACUUUUUUCCGGCCAAGUCGCACAAGGUUGGACAGACGAUUAUUUACAGCAAUAUAUGCGUGAAGUGGAUCUUACCAAUACUGGCACACAUUCGUCUCGACCGCUACUGCUCAGCGGCCAUUCUAAUUCCUUGCCGGCCGCGUCUUCAUCCCUCGCUGUCUUCAACAACUCGAUUGAAUCAGGAAUAGUAGAACCCCAACAUACUCUUCCACAACCACUAAAGUCUGCUGUUGGACGUCAUAUUCCCAUCCUGAGCAAAAAUCGCUAUAUAAACCCUGAGGUGAGGCCCAAGACUAGUUUGAAGCCAGCAAGAAUGUCCAAACGUUCCUCUACCAGUACAUCACCAACAAGGCAUAAUAUGUCUACUGACCCCGUGGCUGAGGUAGAGGCUGACAAUCUUCCUCCCAACCAGUCAGCGCACGAGUUCAUUACCGAGGCAGAUGCGUUCCAGGGGAUGAUAGCUCUGGGAGAAAAAGAUAUGUCGCCAGCACUUGCAGAUCCCUCUGCACAUACAGUUACAUGCAGAACUCUUUAUUCUAAGACGCGAGCAGAGCUACACACUAUUUAUCGACAUAUCUACUCCUUAAGGAGCACAGGAAGUGACACCUCAGUGGCUGAUCGAGGCUCAGAAGAAAAGAUCCUUUUGCAACCUCGCUACAUAAGCCAGUAUACAAAGAUAGUUGAUGCCCUGCUGCAAACAGAGAACGGAUUGCAAUCAAUCCCCUUCAUAAAGGGCCCAUCUUAUCUAGAGUCACAGUAUGGACAGAGUGAUCAGAAGAAGGAGUCUAUCAUGCUUCUAACACGAAAGCUCUUUUGUAGUGACUCAAUUUUCUCAUUCACUACCAAUGAUAACAUUUUUCAGGCUUUGAACGAGCGUAUUGCUACUGUUUCUCAACAAGAGCUCCGAGACGUUUUAUGGUGUGACUUUCUCACACAAUGGAAUUCACUGACCAACGGUAUUACUGGACAAGAGACAAAGCAAGCUGCCCUAAUAUCGAGAUGCCUUGAGAACAUGUGCCGAAAGUGGGACAUACUGCCUCUUAUCAAGCUCAUUCUAUGCUACAAGUUCGACUUACACACAUCAAUCCGUUUAGACGACCUAACACUCUUUAAAACCGGGAAUAAAAAUGGAUCUAGUUCUGUGAUGCAAAUGUUUACACAUCCAGGAUUCUUUUCUGGGGCAAGCAAGACAUAUUUCAUGGGUCUAUCUAAGACCACGCAUCUCUAUAAGAUCCUAAAGCCAUCUAUGCGGGUAUUUUGUGCAAAGCUGGACUCAGCAGCUUCUAGAACAGCAUCUCAUGCUAGUAUCAAGUCUACUACACAAGCUAGAAUAAGUGUAGAGGAACAAAAGGGCCUUAUGCAUCUACGAUCAAUCGUUUCAAGUAUUGGUUAUGUACUUCUCGAUCUACGCGCAGUUUUGGGGAUUAUUCAUGAGCUGAUCAUUCAAAGGCAUGCAUCUUGUGAGCUUUCUGCCAAAAAGGACGCUAGCUACAAUCCUAUGGACAGGUUUGUUCUUGAGGUCUUCAUGCACCACAAUUCUAUGGAUAUUGAUAGAACACAUCGCGCACUAAUUUCUUUUCUUCUUAGCAUUCAAGUCUAUGUUCUCUGUGAUCAUCUAUCAGAGGAUUUUGGGGCAGAGUGUAAAGAUGAGGACAACCAAUUGGAUAGUCUCUGGCCAGGUUCUAGGCACAGCCCGACACGUCCACUUUCUAUAGCCUCGCAUGCAGGUGCAAUGUAUAAACUGAAUGAAGCUGGUGAAUCCGAUGAAGAUGAGACAUCUCUUUUCGAUGAUCCUGUCCUGGAUGACGCACCCGUGAAAGUCAGGCCAGCAUCAGAGGCAUUAGGCAUCUUCCAAUGUAACGAGUUUCUUCUCGUAUUUCUGGAAAUGCUUUCUUCGUCAGAUCACGUCAUCACUGAAUACCUCUGUUAUUCCUAUAUAAUGCUCCAUGAAUGUAGUGGCGCCAAAUAUCCCUAUCCAUUUAUCGGCUUAGACUCGGUACUCUUGUUGAUUAGAAAGCUGCUUCCAGAGCUUCCAGGGCCAUAUUUUGCAUUACUGAAUUCGUCGCUCAAACACAUAGCUGUUACUGAUAGGUGUGAUGCGCCCGUAUUAGAUGUAGGCACUGUGCUCCGCAUACUAGGCUCUCAAAAACGUAUGGUGCGACUUAUGCUUAUGAAUGCAGUCGCAGAGGAGUACGGCCGCUUGCUCACCAAGGAGACUAUUCCGCAAGCAGGACCUUCUCUCGAAGACAUCCCUAGAGCAAUAGAAUCUGGGGACAGAUUGAUACCAGAUACCACCUCUCCAAUGACAGCUGGAGGUCGUCGUGAUCCGACAAAGAAACCCAAGUCGUCGAUCAAACAAAAGCGAGAGAACAAAUCCAUCGAUGAGUUGAAGACGUCCUGCUACCUCGACGUCCCAAUCACCUAUGAGAACUUUGUCACGGUAAUCUCUAAGACAGGAGGCGCUCUUUUCCCAGCAAUGACUGCUAAAUACUAUUAUGCUGCAAUGUGGAAUGCAGCUGUCGACAAAGCUGAGUCUACUUCCACGCGUCCAUCUACAUUAGGAUCGGGGUUGGAGCCUGGGUCCCACAUCAGUUCAAGCAUGCCAUCCCUAAGACGUAUCUUCUCUAUACUUCCAUAUGUUGCAUACGAGCCAUUUCCUUGUCUGUUCAAGAUCCUCUCUCGGAAAAGCAAAUUAUUCUCUACGCAAAGACUUUACUAUGGGCAUGAGGUAAGCGCUCAGCAUGAUAUCCAGGCCCUUGUGCUUCGGUAUGCCCUGUGUGGAGAUAGAUAUGGGCAUAUUCAAGAGCUUCGAGGAACUCUCAAAACCAUUGUCUAUGAGCUGGAGGCUCCAGUCAAGCGGCUUGUUUCCAUGUUGACAUGUGAGGCUAAUGGAUUGGCAUACAAUAUGGAGCCAUUUUAUAUAUCUGCGCGUUUGUCUGGCUCCAUCACCACCACCACUACCAGUGUUUCAACUGUCUGCUCCCCUGAAGCUACUAAGUGCUCUAUUAGCUCUCUAUCUUAUACAAUGCCAGCUAGGAGACACCUCUCUGCAAUGGCUAUGCAGCUGACCGCACUUUAUGCCUCAGCAAAGCUCACCAUUGGAGACAACUCGCUUCCAGACGACGCUUUGGUGGAUGUCAUCAGCACAAUAAGAGAACUUAGCAUUCAGAUGCACAUAUCUUACCAGUCCUUGCGUCCUUUCAACAGCAGCAUCACUGGGCUCCUAUAUGAAUUACAAGACCGAUUACAAGGUGUUGUGCGCUGUGACUCUUACUUGUGCAAAAAUGUUACAGCUGAAGAGAUGCUUCGGGAAACUUUGGGCGUUGACAACAUCAGUGGGCCACUGGCACGGAUACUGGGCAUGGCACGCAACUCCAUACAUAUCCAGUAG